AUGUACCGCAGUCAUGAAAUUUCUUCGGAAGUAGGAUGCCAGCAGGGUGAUCCCUUGGGGCCGGCUAUCUUUUGUUUAGCUAUCAACCCCAUCAUUCAAAAUUUAUCUUCUGAUUUCAAUGUCUGGUACCUGGACGAUGGAACAUUAGGAGGCAACUUGGAAACAGUCCUUUCGGAUCUCUCCGUUCUCAAGUCCAAGUUCGAGUCCAUAGGUCUAGACCUGAACUAUAACAGCGAAGGAGCUGAACGCGCUCGUUUGAUCGCAGUUGGUUGUAGGGACGCUGGCCACUGGCUCAACGCAUAUCCCUCACCCAAUACUGGCACUCAUCUAGACGGAAACACCCUCCGUGUGGCAGUUGGUCUACGCCUGGGGGUUCCAAUCUGUGCGCCGCAUAUAUGCCACUGUGGGAGUGAUGUGGAUCAGAUGGGGCGUCAUGGUCUGUCUUGCCAGCGAAGCGCGGGGCGAUUGUCUCGUCACGCCGCGCUCAAUGACAUUAUCCGCCGGUCUCUUGUCACCGUCAACGUGCCUGCGAUACUCGAGCCGGCCGGUAUAGCUCGGGACGAUGGCAAGAGACCUGAUGGUAUGUCGCUGAUUCCGUGGAGGAUGGGACGAGUGUUGGUGUGGGACGCGACCUGCGUGGCACCGUCUCACCUUCACGGUACUACCAAGAAAGCGGGUGCUGCUGCCGAAGCUGCCGAGACCCUCAAGAGGCGGAAAUACGGGGGUCUCGACGCCAAUUACAACUUUAUUCCUUUCGGUGUUGAGACCCUCGAUAUUGAACGGGCUAUGAAAUAUUGCGAGAGGGUAACCAAAAUAACAGAUCGCAAAAAGUUGAUCGAGUUCAUCAACGGAUGCCGCGGCUCUCGGGAAUGGAAGUACGUCAUCUCGUUCAUGAAGCAGCUAGAAGGGUCUGCCUUGAUCGAGAUAUUUGUAGAAAUCCUGCAUGUGCUGACAAACGAAACCAAUGUGUUCAAGGCGUAUGCGGUUUUGGAGCGGCUCACGGGCCACGCUGAUUUUGAUGCCGUUUACGAGAUUCUUGAGAAGAUUUCCAGCGGAAAAAAUUCCCAUGAAAUAGCUGAUUUCUUCAGGCACGUUGCUCAUACCAACGGUGUGGACGGUAUACGCAUUCAGGUUGACAAGUUGACUGGAGGAGAAGGCUCGCCUGAGUUCCCUAAGGUGCUGGGCGUGCUGAUGCCAGAAAUCGAUCUGAAGGGUUGCCUCAACCUGCUUAUUUCGGUCACCAGAGCUAGUGAUCUUGGCGAGGCCAUCGUUGAAUUCAACAAAAUCCUGGGCGAGAAGCAGUUCUCACAGAGCAUCAUCAUCAUCAAAAAGAUCACCGGACAGAGACAAUUCAAAUACUCAUUGGAGGAGCUGACCCACGAAUGUAACAAACUCAGUCUCAGAGUGGUGAUUGAGACAUUGUACAAGAUCACUGGACGACGCAAUAUUUUGGAUGUUGAUACGAUUUUCUUCGAGGUUUUCGAGAUUGACAAUAUUGUGACCCUCAUAAAGAGGAUCAACAAGAUGUCGAAGAGGAUCGACGCGCUCACCUUCCUAGAGUCUCUACUGGAGAUCACGCAGACCGAUACUAUCCAGGACGCCAGCGUUCAGCUCAAGAAGCUCACCACCAAGAAAUUGUCAACUAUGGUUCUCUUGGAAGAAAUACGGACGCAGUCAGGACACGACGACAUCAUUGAAUUCUUCAGGCGCCUCAUCGAAUACACUUCUACCAAAUCUAUCCAGGAGGCUUGGGAGAUCAUGAUCACCUACAUCACAGUGAAAGAUAUCUUCGAAUUCUUCGAGAAGAUAUACAAGUACACCCGUGUCCAGGCGAUCACGUUCGUGGAGACCAUCAUGAAGGUGACCAACUCCAGCAACUUCACGCUGGCCAUCUCCAAGCUGAACAGGCUCACGGGCGAGAAGUAUAUUAUCAGGUUCUUUGAAAUUUUUAUCACCAUCAGCAAGAAGUUUGAUUUCGAGGAAGUAAUUGUGAUAAUUGAAGAAUACACUGAAACUACUGAUUUCGUGGACGCACUCAAGCGGCUUAGGGAAGCGACUGGAGAAACAGAUAUUGUUAAAUGUGUCGAAUACAUCAAAGAAAACAAGCCAAGCAAAAUUUCAACCAAGACGUCCACAACCACAACAACAACGACUGAAGAGCCAACGACUACGACAACUGAAACGCCAACAACAACGACGACCGAAGAGCCAACGACUACGACAACUGAAGCGUCAACCACAACAACGACGACUGAAGAGCCAACGACUACGACAACUGAAGCGUCAACCACAACAACGACGACUGAAGAGCCAACAACUACUACAACUGAAACGCCAACAACAACGACGACCGAAGAGCCAACGACUACGACAAUUUACGGUAAACCAGGACAACCCGGUGAUAUUGAUGAAACCGACAUCGAAAAGAAAAAGAAGAUAAUCAAAUCAGAAACUGAGGAAGAAGUUGAUGAGACCGAGGAGGAAAAGGAGAUCCGCAUCAAGAAACAAAAAGAAAUAGAAGAAGAGGAAGACUAUGAAGAUUACGAGGACAGCGAUGGUGUACAUCACAAGAGACGCCGCCCUGGCAAGCCUGGCAAACCAGGGCAACCUGCUCAACCGGCUAAACCGGCCAAACCUGCGCAGCCAACACAACCAAGGCAACCAGCUCAACCUAGCCAGCCAGGACAACCAGGUCAACCUCACAAACCAAGCAAGCCUGAACAACCAGGCAGCACGCCACAACAACCAGCUCAACCUAGCCAGCCAGGACAACCAGGUCAACCUCACCAACCAAGCAAGCCUGAACAACCACCAGCCAGUACAACCAGAUCAACCUCACCAACCAAGCAAGCCUGA